UCCGCAGCAAGACCAAGGUGAAAAGGAGAACCCCAUGCGGGAGCUGCGCAUCCGCAAGCUCUGCCUCAACAUCUGCGUUGGGGAGAGCGGGGACAGGCUCACCCGAGCGGCCAAAGUGCUGGAGCAGCUGACGGGCCAAACCCCCGUCUUCUCCAAAGCACGAUACACUGUAAGAUCCUUUGGAAUCAGGAGAAAUGAGAAGAUUGCUGUUCAUUGCACGGUUCGUGGGGCCAAAGCAGAGGAGAUUCUGGAGAAGGGGUUGAAGGUGCGAGAAUACGAGUUGAGAAAAAACAACUUCUCAGACACUGGGAACUUUGGCUUUGGAAUCCAGGAGCACAUCGAUCUGGGGAUUAAAUACGAUCCCAGUAUUGGUAUCUACGGCUUGGACUUUUACGUGGUGCUGGGCAGGCCUGGUUUCAGCAUUGCUGACAAGAAACGCAGGACUGGCAACAUUGGAGCCAAGCACAGAAUUGGAAAGGAAGAAGCCAUGCGCUGGUUUCAGCAAAAGUAUGAUGGCAUCAUCCUUCCUGGUAAAUGAGCAGUUCCUGUUACCGCAAAAGUAAAUAAAAUUUUCUAACCCCUAA